AUGGCUCCGCGUGUUAAGUACAGUCACCGUACCUGGCCCUCCACUCCCCACUGUUCGACGCGGAACAAUGGUGUCAAUGAGCUACCUGCUGAAAGCAUCGCAGACAUGCAGGUUUCUCAGCACAGAGAGCAUGGUCCGACCGAAUCCAUGGCUCCCACUGAUCUGAAUACGCUCGGAAUCAGUCCUUUGAUCGGCCCUGACGCUCCAAAUGCUCCUACCCUGCCGUCCACUAAUGUCACCAGCAGUGAGCUUGCGCACGUCUGCAGCGAGAGCGACCUCAGCACCUCGAACUAUACCAGGAACCCCAACAUGCAUCGAAGUGCCCUUACAGCUCUCUUCGCUUGCCAACAGGGUCCUUCCGCAGCGACUCAGGCUGCAGCUUCCUUUGACCAGACUGCGCGUGCGCGUACCCCCGACCGUUUUGCCCGCGAGGAUGCGGAUGCAAACAACCCAGGUUCGCCCCACUCUCACUCCGUUACAGAUGGUAAUGAUCCCACUCUUCACCCUCGGCCGCCGCCACAUCUUGCAGAAAACUACCCUCACCACAGCCACGAGGAUGUGGAGAGCCUUCACCGCGAGAACCUGCCCGACCUCACAUUCGCAGAGACCGGUGUGGGGCCCGCCAACGCUCUGCUGUCCCACCCGGCCAUGUCGUUCAAUAAUAUCCUCAGCGAGUAUGGAUAUGGCUACGGCUACGAUGUGCUAAGACCAGACGGGGAUACUUUCUUCGUCAUGAAAACCCCUCCCGACCGGAACGCGCCUACCAUUUGGGACACAGGAUCGCUCUCGGACUCCCCGCCGCAGGCCACCCACGCUCAGCUCUCUCUGUCCGACCGCAUAGUGCAUGAGGAGCCGGUGAUGCACCGCGAGCAGGAGGCCAUUCCUGAUGGGAUGGAUGAGUGGGUCGGGGAAGUGGUGGAUGAGACGCAGUUGGCCGAGUGA